AUGGCGAGAAGUCCGAUAAUGCAGCUGGCUUUGCUGGUGGUGUCCUUGCGGAUUGUAGGGGCCACACAAAGCAAUCUGCAGAGCUUCACCGUGUUCUCGGAUCCAAUCUUCCUUCGCCAGGGCGAAGUACACAAUCGAUAUGUUUUUCCAAAGAAGCUGCCGGACGAGAUUGUGCAGAAGUUUGCUGGCAAGACCAUGCAUCUGAAGAGCGUUGACCUCGACAUUGUGCUGGUCAACAACAAGACCGGCGAAAAAGUGCCAGCACCGCUCUACAUGACAUAUAAUCACCAUCAUGCAUUGCUGCUGGGACCUACUGAUGGCCUGAUGAAGUUGUACAACAAAUCGAAGGAUAAGGAUCCUCUUGACCCACACGCGUUGCCGGAUCACACGGCCAAGCACCGUGGAUGCGCGAUGAAGCGCAAGUCCUUCGAAGCUCUCUUGGCAGCGGCGCUGCCGGAAUCUCAACGUCGCGACAUCUCCGUCUUCGGAGGGGCCAGUGGAGCAGAAUAUCGUGGAACCUCGAAUCGAUUGGCCGGCCCUUACACGUACGAUGUGAAGAAUCCAGAGAGCUUCAUGGUCCUGAUGCACUUCAUCAACAGCCACGGCGUUCCUGAAGAUCAGAAACUGUGGGAGUGCCCCUGCACUUCGAGAUCGAAGAUCAACGUGACGAACGGAACGAUCGACGGCAAAAAGCCUAUCGCCUUUCAGUGCUCUCAGCAGCUUCUGGAUCAGGAGAACACCGGCUGCAGCCUGGCAACGUAUGAGGGUGGAUACAGAUGCUGCGAGCAUGGAGUCUUCUUGACUAAAGAGCUGCCCGGACCAGAUUCGCCGGUGGAUCAAAUUGAGACCAAGUUCACUUUUGAGUACUACGAGCCUGAUGCCCCGGAGACGAAGGUUGCGAGGCCGACGAAUCAGCCGUCUUGCUGCGAUGCCACCGCCGGGUACCUUUACAAUUCCUCUUCGCAGUUUGCAAACCUCGAAUAUGACGUCCCGAAAUGUGCGGAUGGCACACCGCCUGACCAGUGCGUCCAUGUGAUUGAGAGCGUCGAGUAUUUCGAUGCGGACGGGCAGCAUCAUAGCGAGGACGAAGAGUUUGAGUUGGUGCAUGCUUGGGGGCAUCAGCAUGUGGCUGGCCUUGGCCUUGAGCUCUACCGAGUCUCAACCAACGAGCUGCUGUGCCAAAGCCGCCCCAAGUACGGCACAGGCGUGCAAGCGGGCGAUGAACGCGGAUUUGUUGUUGGCAUCCCACCGUGUGUUUGGGGCCCACCCCCUCUGAGCCCACCUCCGAAGAUUCGCCGAUUUGAGCAUCUACGUACCGUCGCCAGGUACAAUGCUUCUGAGAAGCAUCAUGGUGUCAUGUCUUUGUGGCUGCUGACAUCAGCCUCCCUCAAGCCUGGUUCAGCCAGGGUCGAGUUUCAAGUCUGA